AGAAGCUUCAACUUCCGUUCUCUUUUUCUCCUUCUCAGGCGAUUCCUGUCUGUAAGAACACGAAAAUUUUCGAAUCGAAGUUGCAGAGAACCAAGCUAAGCAGCAAUGGAAGGACAAGAGCUACAUUGUCCAUCUCCUUCACCUUUUAAACCUCCUCCGGCUUCGAUUUUCAAAGACAUCUCAAACUUCAAAACCCCCAGGCGCCCAUCCCACAUUUCCAAUCUUCGAUCUCCUUCUCACCAGUUGUUCUCUGCUUCUAAGAGAACCCCUCUCGCUUCUUCCUCACAUCGUCGCCCGCGACCUUCUCUGGCUCCUUCAUCGUCCGCUGCCCGGUCCAAGGCCUCCCGCAAACUCAAGGCAUUCGAGCUCGAGCAAUCACAGUCCUCCCGAAAGGCUCAAGUGAAGAAGGAACAAUCUCUGAAAUCUCUAGCUAAUUCUCUCACGCUUUGGCUCAAUUUCUUGUUUGAAAACCCGAAAUCAUGCGGAUGUGAUUGGCCCGUGGGCGACGAUGGGAAUGGCGCCGGAAUGCGGGGGAAGGGGAAGAGAGAUUGCAAUCCUCGUGCUGCAGUGGGAGUCGACACGAUGUGGCGAUGUCCGAAGAGGCAGAGAGACUUGUCCUGGGGAACUCCAAGUGGUGAUGUCGUCGAAAACGAAGCUGAGUUUUCGAAUUCGAGGUAUAUGAAGUUGAGGGAGUCGUUGAAAGAUGUAUGUAGCUUUGAUGAUUUGAUGCAACGAAUGCGGGUUUACUUGAGCUCGAACAGUUGCAAGGAUAUUCUGGACAUGAUGGCUCAAGUGGCUAAGAAUAUUGAUGAUGGAAGGUUAAAAAUGAAGGCGCAUUGCCCCAUUGUAACUGACGUUGGACUGAAGGAGAAGGCCACAAGGAUCCUUAUGUCUUACAACCCAAUUUGGCUUCACAUUGGAUUACACAUCAUAUUUGGUGGUGAUUCUUUGUUGUCCACUGAAGAAGUGAACUCUGAACUAGACAACGCGUUUCUGAAAAUGAUCCUGGAGAAGCAGUUUUUUUCUCAUUCUGGUCUGGCGAAGGGAUAUUCCUAUAACCGGAUGGUUGAGGGUUUAUAUAGACCAGGCUAUUAUGAAGCCUUGGGAAAUAUCAUUCUAAAAAGAUUUUUAUUGCUAGUUCUUAUCCUUGAUAAAGCUAAGUCACAGAGCAGUCUUCCUCUUGAGUAUGGUAUCGAUGGCGUGGAUGGGGGUUCUCCUUUGCUGUUCAUUGUGCAAUCUGUCAUCAAAUCAAGUCGUCAAAUGAUUAAUGAUUUCCUAUCAUCAGAUGUGAUGCAUGGAGAAGGUAAUCUGGUAGCACAUUUGGUGAUUAUGGGGUACAAAGUAUCUUACAUUCAGUGUCCCCUCUCUGAAUACGACUUCAAAAUUACCAAUUUAUUUGUAGACAUCCAAGAUGGGGUUCGGCUUUGCAGAGCCAUUCAACUUUUGCUUAAUGACUAUUCCAUUCUGACGAAAAUUAUUGUUCCAUCAGAUACUCAAAAGAAGAACUUGGCAAACUGUGGCAAGGCUGUGCAGUAUCUUAAGCAGGCCGGUGUGGCAUUAUGCGAUGAGGAUGGAAUGAUAACUGUGGGAGAUGAUAUUGCAAACGGAGAUAAGGAAAUCAUCCUCUCCUUGCUCUCCAACAUGUUUGUUCAUCUUCAGUUACCUCUUAUAGUCAACAAAAACCUUCUCGUUGAAGAAGUCUGCAAGAUUCGUGGGGUGGAAACAUCUGAAAUUGUCAAUUCCACACAUUUGGAAGUUAUUUUGAAUUGGAUCCAGGUAGUUUGCGAGUACUAUGAUAUAAAGAUUAGCAGUUUUUCUUCAUUGGUUGAUGGAAAAGCAGUAUGGUGCCUACUAGAUUACUACUUCCGAAAAGAUCUUCAGUGUUCUAGCUCUCUAAAGGAUCCUACGAAAACGAAUGAUGAAGAAUCAAUCAUGUCUAUCACUCAUUGUUCAGACUCAGCGUACAAUUUCAUUCUAUUGCAAAAAUUGACGUCCUUAUUGGGAGAUUUUCCUGAGAUUCUGCAAAUCAGUGAUAUACUUGAGUAUGGUGGUGCAUGUAGUGACCGCAGUGUUAUAAUUUUGUUAACUUUCCUCGCAUCAGAGCUGAUUGUGAAGAAAAGUGUGGAUCAGUUGAAUUUCCAUAAACUAUUGGACUGCGAUUGUCAAAGCCCAAAUAAAAUACAUUUCUGUUCCAGGCAGUAUAUUUUGAAUUCAGUGGCUGCGCCAAAUAAUGAAGAACUUGAUGUGCAGAGCACUGGAGAAACAGAUGCUGCCAAAAAGUUCAAGACUAUUCGGGCAUGGUGGCAGGAUAUGGUUGAACAGAACAAGAGAUCCUUUUCAAAGGCAGACGCUUCUUCAUUAUUCUUCCCAUCAGAAAAAGAUAGAAACAAAGAGCAAAGAGAAGAUGCCGCUAGAAUCAUUCAAUCUUAUUACAGAAUGUUGGUUGAGCGUCGGAAAUUUAUCAAGUUGAUGGGUGAAAUUUCCUUCUUACAAACAUUCAUCAAAGCAUGGUUAAUUAGGAGGCGGAAAUUGGCUUUUUUAGAACAUGCUGCUCUAUUUUCAUGUGAAAGUUCAAAACAGCACGAAAUUGUUGGAAGAUAUGGCACAUCCACAGUGGACAGACAUGGCCCCUUGAAUUUACAAAGGUCAGCAAUACGUAUUCAGCAAGCAAUUAGGAAUUGGAGGAAUAGGAAAAAUCAGAUUAGCACGGAAGAAUCAUCUUUAGAAAGACAUGACUGGGGAAUAGCUGAGUUAAUAAGAGCUUCAAUCACAGAUGGAGAGAUGGACAUUAUUGAUAAAAUAAAGGAAGAAUCUGACGUUCAAAUAGUUGCCGAGGAGUGUCCUAUACUGAACGAGGAUGUAGUGGUAAACAAAGCUUUCUGCAAUAAGCACCUUGCUGCCACUAAAAUUCAAAGUUAUGUUCGCGGGGGGUUGUUGAGAAGGCAGUUUCUGAGUCUAAGGAUGGCCACAAUAAUAAUUCAAAGAAAUAUUCGUAUGUUAAGAUGUCGGAGAGAAUAUGAACACUACAAGAAUGUAGUGACAUCUGCCAUCGUAAUUCAAUCUCUAGUUCGUGGAUGGAUUGCCAGGAGAGAAUGUCAUAGACAUAGGCGUCUCGUUAUUAUAGUCCAAAGUUUUUGGCGUCGUUGGUUAGCACGAAAAGAAUUUUUGCUGCAAAAAGAGGCUGUUAUAAAGAUCCAGACUGCUACGCGGUGCAUGAUUACUAGUAUAUCAUUUCACAGGCAGAGACGUGCAGCUAUAGAAAUUCAACGACUUUUGAGGGGACAAAUGACUCGAAUGAAGCUCUUAGGUGCGGCGUCUAAACAUCGUACAGCUUAUUAUGGUGGCGAUUUCUCUGGAGCUAGCUGCAAGAUGUUUGAGCUGAAACAAGUUUUAAGUUCAAUUCUUAAACUGCAAAGUUGGUGGAAGGGAAUAUUAUUGCUUAGAUUAAGAUCAAGUUCCGCUAUCGUCAUUCAGUCUCAUAUUCGAGGGUGGAUAUCAAGACGGAGGGCUGCUACACAGAGACAUCAUAUUGUUUUGAUCCAAUCACGUUGGAAAGGUUACCUAGCAAGGAAAAGUUCAAUAGGGCAGCUACGAGACCUGCGCUUAAGGGUACAAUACUCUGCUGCAAAUGUGGAUGAUGGCCAGCGUAUUAUAAACAGAUUGGUUGUAGCACUUUCCGAUUUAUUAAGCAUGACAAGUGUUAGAGGCAUUCUUCAGACCAGUGCAACUUUGGAUAUGGCGACAGGACAUUCUCAAAAAUGCUGCGAAACCCUUGUUGGUGCGGGAGCUAUUAGCACUCUACUGAAGCUCAUUCGGUCGGUCAGCCGAAGCAUACCGCAUCAGGAAGUUUUGAAGCAUGCGCUCUCUACUUUAAGAAAUUUAUCACGCUAUCCCCAUCUAACAGAAGUGCUAAUUGACACACAUGAAUCUGUGGAAAUACUUCUCUGGGAGCUUCUAAGGAAUAAGGAAGCCGGCUUCUUUGUGGCCUCGGAAGUUCUGAAGAAGAUCUGCAGAAAUCAAAAAGGCAUUGAAGCAGUACGCAGGUUAACUGGUCAUUUAAAGAGGCUGAACAAUCUUGUGGAGGAACUUACGAGAAAGGCACGCAAUGAGAAGAGGAUUGGUCGGGGUUUUGAUGGGAGAGAGAACACAGAGAGACGAUUGAAAGAAGCUGUUGAACUACGAAAGUUGAUAACAAAUGGUAACGCCCAGCAAGGCAGGCAUUAAAUUUCUUGGCUAAGCGAGGAGGUCUAUAUUAAAAUUUUAAACCGUAGGGCGUAGUGCAUAGAGUACAAUUGCCACUGAGAUUAGGCUUUUGACAUUUGUCUUGCGAAAUCUGAAGGCCUGUGGUGUGAAAUUUGUAUUUGAUGUGCAUGAUUUAUGCACAUACAUAGCGUAGACAGCAGUUUUUGUUGAACCCUGUUACUGAUUUGUUUGAUUUGCAGAUAUUUAGCGUUGGGAUUUGGUGUCGAAUUCUUGGUGCUAAUGAUUGGUUGCAUGUUCGGCCACAAUUAUGAGAACCCACAUGCACAUGCACAUGCUCUUGCUUUUUGUUUGGGAAAUUCCAACCGCAGAUUUUGAUUGGAAUGGUGGAUUGGCCUUUGGGACUUCAAAAUAUCAGACUUCGAUUUUGGUGCCGCAGCCAUUGGUGCCUUGUGAAUUCCAAAAGGGCAUCCAUUCUUGUAAAAGUAAUCAGUUUUGAUUAAUAUAGAGGCUUGCUGU